AUGGUAGCCGUUAAGUGUUUACAGCAACAUUGGACCCUUCUAUGUGAUGAUAUCCGACAUGGAACUAUAGCAGAAGACCACCCUAAAAUCACUGACCCAUCGGUGAGAAAAGCGGUCAUGAAAAUACUAGUCAAGACAAACCCCAAACUUGCUGAUUUCAUCGAGAAUGAGUGUAAGAGAGAUUCAUCAUGGGAAGGCAUAGUGUUUAGGUUAUGGCCUAAUGCUAAGUGCAUCGUCACCAUCAUUACUGGGACAAUGUCUCAUCACAUCAAUAACAUUGAUUUUUAUCGUAAUGGUCUUCCCAUUGUUAGCCAUAUGUACGCAUGUUCAGAAUGCUUCUUAGGUAUAAACCUUGACCCUCUAACUAAGCCACCUGAAGUUUCUUACACCCUUAUCCCUACAUUGGCAUAUUUUGAGUUCUUGCCGAUACUCGGGGAAGAUGAUAAUCCAAAGGACAACUUCAACCAGGAGAAAAAACAACAUCAUCCAGAACUGGUUGAUCUCGUCAAGGUUGAGCUUGGACGAGAAUAUGAGCUUGUUGUCACCAAUUAUGCAGGACUUUAUCGGUAUAGAGUUGGAGACGUGCUACGAGUUGCUGGGUUCAAGAACAAUGCUCCUCAGUUCAAUUUCAUGCGGAGAAGAAAUGUAGUUCUAAGCAUUGAUAUGGACAAGACAAACGAAACUGAGCUUCAAAAUGCAGUGAAAAAAGCAGUUUACCAUCUUAUGAUUAUGUCUAAUGUCUCUCUUGUUGAAUACACUAGUUUUCCUGAUACAUCAACUUUUCCAGGACACUAUGUGCUCUAUUGGGAACUUCAGGGAAACAAUAACAAUGCCGUAAUUCCUCAGAAAGUGCUUGAGGAAUGUUUUCUGGUAAUGGAAGAAUUCCUCGGUUAUGAGUAUCGUUAUAUGCGCACUAACAAGAAAUUAAUUGGACCCCUAGAGAUAAAGAUUGUAGAGACAGAAACGUUUUGUAAGCUGAUGGAUCAUGCAAUCAACCAAGUUUCAUCAGUUGCACAGUACAAGACUCCUCGAUGCAUGAAACCUGGUUCCAUGAUCGAAAUCCUAAACUCUAUGGUUCUUUCAAGCUUUUUCAGUCCAAGGUGCCCACAGCUAUGA